AUCUUCGUCUCCAUACCGAAACUUACUCCUCUCUCUCUCUUCCCCCCUUUCGCAUCUCUGUCUCCCCCAAUAGCGCAAUGCAGUCUCCCACCGUAUCCACCGCGCGGCGGCGGCGGCGCGGCCGCGGCGCCGGCCUCCUUCUGGCCCUAGCCGUGUUGCUGGCGGCCAUCGGCGCGGCGGCGGCGGCGGCGGCUUCGCCGCAGGACGCGGAGGCGAUGCGGGCGGUCGCCGUGGCGCUGGGCGCGGACAAGUCCCUCGGAUGGGACACCCCCGACCCCUGUUCGCCUAAGCCGUGGCCCGGGGUGAGCUGCAGCUCCGACGGCCGCGUCACCGCCGUCCAGGUCGGGAAAAAGAGCCUCACGGGGAAGCUGGCGCCCGAGGUACGCAACCUCACCGAGCUCAUGCGCCUAGAGGUCUUCUCCAACAAGCUCUCCGGCCCGCUGCCCUCGCUGGCCGGACUCUCCUCGCUCCAGGUCCUUCUCCUCCACGGCAACAACUUCGCCUCCAUCCCGGCGGAUUUCUUCAAGGGGCUAACCGCACUCGUCGCCGUCUCGCUCGACGAGAACCCGCUCGCGCCGUGGCCGCUCCCCGCCGACCUUGCCGCUUGCACCUCCCUCACCAACUUCUCCGCCAACUCCGUCAACGUGACCGGGACGCUCCCGGAGUUCCUCGGCUCGCUGCCGUCGCUCCGGCAGCUCAGUCUGGCAAUGAACUUGCUGUCCGGGCCCGUGCCGCCAUCUCUCGCCGGUGCCCCGCUUGAGGUGCUCUGGCUCAACGGCCAGCAUGGGAGCCCCGGGUUCACCGGUUCCAUUAGCUUCGUCACCAACAUGACGAAGGCACAGCAGCUGUGGCUGCAUUCCAACGACUUCACCGGGCCCUUGCCGGACUUCUCGGGGCUUAGCAGCCUUUAUGAUCUGAAUCUGCGUGACAACCAGCUCACUGGGCCGGUUCCAGAAAGUCUUGUCAACCUGAAGUCUCUGAACAAUGUUGGCCUGGGGAACAAUUUACUGCAGGGACCGACGCCUGUCUUUGCUACCUGGGUUGUGCCUGACAUGAAAGGUAUAAAUCAAUUCUGCUUGCCGGAUGCUGGAAAACCGUGUGAUCCCCGUGUGAAUCUGCUGCUGGAGGUGGCAGCUGGGUUCAUGUAUCCGGCUAAGCUUGCGGAGGGUUGGAAGGGGAAUGAUCCAUGCAGUAAUUACAUUGGCGUUGAGUGUAAUAAUGGGAACAUCACAUCGCUGAAUUUUGCAAAUAAGGGGCUUACCGGGAGCAUCUCACCAUCGAUCGGUAAGAUUGCCACACUUGAGAAGCUGAUUCUUUCAAACAACAACAUUACUGGCACCGUGCCGAAGGAGCUUGCCGCGUUGCCAGCACUGAAGACGGUUGAUCUAUCAAAUAACAAUCUGUAUGGCGAUAUUCCUGCAUUUCGCAAGAAUGUGAUGUUAAUCACUACUGGCAACCCGAACAUAGGCAAGGAUGCUCCUGCGCCAUCUGCACCAGGUGGUAGCAGCAACAGCCCUGCGCCUGGGGAUGGAAGUGGUGGAGGCAAUAGGGGUUCCUCUUCAUCUUCUGUCGGCAUCAUUGUUGGGUCUGUCUUUGGGGCUAUUGCUGGACUAGGCCUUAUUGCUGCAUUAGGAUUUUAUUGCCACAAGAGAAAGCAGAAGCCUUUCGGGAGGGUGCAGAGUCCACAUGCUAUGGUCAUCCAUCCCCGGCACUCAGGGUCAGAUCCUGACAUGGUAAAAAUCACAGUUGCUAGGGGAAAUGCCAAUGGUGGUGCAGCCACAAGCGAGGCUAGCCAAGCAAGCAGCGGUCCCCGGGAUAUCCAUGUAGUUGAGGCUGGCAAUAUGGUCAUUUCGAUCCAGGUCCUCCGCAAUGUGACCAACAACUUCAGUCAGGAUAACAUCCUUGGUCGUGGUGGGUUUGGCACUGUCUACAAAGGCGAGCUUCAUGAUGGCACAAAAAUUGCUGUGAAGCGAAUGGAGUCUGGUGUUAUGGGUAACAAGGGGCUAAAUGAGUUCAAAUCAGAGAUUGCUGUGCUGACCAAGGUUCGCCAUCGUAACCUGGUGUCACUGCUUGGAUAUUGCCUUGAUGGUAAUGAGAGGAUUCUUGUAUACGAGUACAUGCCACAGGGGCCAGUGAGCCAACACCUGUUUGAGUGGAAAGAACAUAAUUUGCAGCCGCUGGAAUGGAAGAGGCGACUAAGCAUUGCGCUUGAUGUUGCAAGGGGUGUUGAGUACCUGCACAGCCUUGCGCAGCAAACCUUCAUCCACAGAGACUUGAAACCGUCAAAUAUACUUCUUGGUGACGACAUGAAGGCAAAGGUAGCUGACUUUGGAUUGGUGCGGCUUGCACCAGCUGAUGGGAAGUGUGUAUCUAUAGAGACAAGGCUUGCUGGCACUUUUGGAUACCUUGCCCCUGAGUAUGCAGUUACUGGACGAGUAACCACAAAAGCUGAUGUCUUCAGCUUUGGUGUCAUUUUGAUGGAGCUGGUCACUGGACGCAGGGCGCUUGAUGAGACACAGCCUGAGGAUAGCAUGCACCUAGUUACAUGGUUCCGUAGAAUGCAGCUGAACCAAGAUACUUUCCGGAAAGCAAUUGACAUGACUAUUGACCUUGACGAGGAGACCUUUGCCAGCGUUAGCACCGUUGCACAGCUGGCUGGUCACUGCUGUGCUAGGGAACCACAUCAGAGACCCGAUAUGGGUCAUGCCGUCAAUGUGCUCUCUACUCUUUCGGAUGUGUGGAAACCUACAGACCCAGAUUCAGAUGACAGUUACGGUAUUGACCUGGACAUGACGCUGCCUCAAGCAUUGAAGAAAUGGCAGGCCUUUGAGGACAGCAGCCACUUUGACGGUGCGACCUCUUCAUUCCUUGCGAGCUUGGACAACACCCAGACAAGCAUCCCGACGAGGCCUCCAGGAUUUGCAGAUUCGUUCACCUCUGCCGAUGGAAGAUAAUCCUGGAUCGUGCAUGAAACCAGAAACUCCAUGAAAGCAGACUUCGCUCAGAAGAUCCUUCUGUUCAUUCCUUUAGCCUCUUCACUCCCCCCCCUGCUUUUCAUGUUCAUUGAUUUGGCUUUGUUCUGCCAUGUAGCUGUCCUUUGAUCAUAUGAUGUGAUCUUCACUCAAGAAUUGCCUGGAAGUUUGCAACUAACUGUUCUGUUCUAUCGUUCGCUAAACUUAAAGUAGAAGAUUGUUAGGGUUGUUGGAUUGUACUCAACAUUGAUCUGCUCCAUUAUUAAAUUGAUCCCUGUUAUCUCCAGCA